AUGGAUGAAAUUCUGGCUAAAGCAGGUUCGCAAGCUGUUACGUUUGCGAUCAAGUCUGGCAUAUCCAUUGCGUCCACUUAUGCGAUAAAAACAAUCGCAGGUUUUGUUAAUCAAAUUCCAGCAGUUGAUGCGAAAAGAAUUGAUAUUCUCAAGACCAAAUUAGAGAACAGAAUUGAUAUCGUUACUUCUGCAAUAGAUCUUAUUAAGUUGGUCGCUGCAAGAGGUAAUACAAAUUUAGAGAGUACUUUGAGAUUAACAAGAGACCUAAAAAAUGAGUUAGAUUCCUUUGAUGAACGCAUUAAGGAACUUACAGAAAAAGUGGAAGUGUCGAAGAAUGCAAAAUCGCAAAAGGAUGCUAUAAAUUCCGUUGAAAUAUAUAUUAAAGACCUCUUACAAAGGAUAGAAGAAGUCACACCUUUCAUCAAUCUAUCAUUAACAACUUCAGGUGCAAAUUUGAACUCCUCAUUACCACAGCAAAUAUCUCCUGGUUUACUUCUAAGAGCAUCGAAUUAUAUUAAUGAGAGUAAUUGCAAUGAGAACAUUCAAGUAGGUCCAUCUUUCCAAGUAACAUUAUUUUCCGUCUUUUACAAUUUGAAUACUGAGCAAACCUCGAAACUUAGAGUUACUUGGAAAGAAAAUAUGAAAAGAGCUUUUAUCAAGGUAUUACGAGUCAAACAUGAUUCGUUGACUUACACUUAUAAACUAAUAAUCGAACAAUCUUUCGAUGAUGGGAGGUAUCAUGAAAAAGAAGAUGAAACGGAAGUUCCGCAAAUUAUAGAAAUGAAUAUAAAUCAGAUUGUCAAAUUAUUCUUCAGUGUAUCUGGAAACCUUUUGAAACUUCCAGAACAAGAUUCACCGGUAUUAGUCCUCAAAGUAGAUAAAAACAUUACUGGCACUGAUCAACAUUCGAAUUCUUCAAUUGAAGACAUAACAUGGUAUGCGAUAGGCCAAUACGAAGAUGCCAGCAGUAGUUCUGAGAGUGAGGAUGAAGAAGAAGAAGAAGGAGAAGAAGAGGAAGAAGAGGAAGAAGAGGAAGAAGAGGAAGAAGAGGAAGAAGAGGAAGAAGAGGAAGAAGAGGAAGAAGAGGAAGAAGAGGAAGAAGAGGAAGAAGAGGAAGAAGAGGAAUCAAAAGAACAACCACAGCACUCAACUUCUAUUGCUCUACUAGAAUACAUAAUAAGAUUGGCAUCAUUGCAAGAAAGUGAUCAACAAAGCAUACUCAAAGUGACAGAUGAAAGACUGUCUGUAUAUUUACAUGACGAAAAUCCGAACUCAAUCAGGGAAAAGACGUCAAAUGUCGAUAGUGUUGCUCGUAAAUUGCAAAAGGUUAGUAUUUAA